UAUUAUCAGCCCCAAUUUGAAAUUGCGCGACUGUGCUUCGGCGCGUUCAGAUCACUCUCCGUCGGCGGCGAACUUCCACCUCUCCCUCUCUUUCUCCGGCAAAUCCAGUUCGCUAGGCUAGGUGAAUAACAGGAUGAACCCUGCAACAUCAUUGUUUAGGAGGUUAAAUAUCAGAGAUCUCGUAACAAGAACACCUACUUACUGUGGCGCGAGUGAUGUAUCUGGGGAAGGAUUAGGCUUGAUGUUUAAGCGUUGGGCUACCAAAAAGACAGCAGGAUCCACUAAGAAUGGCCGUGAUUCAAAACCAAAGAAUCUAGGGGUAAAGAAAUUUGGUGGAGAGAGGGUGAUACCUGGAAAUAUUAUUGUUCGUCAAAGAGGAACCAGAUUCCAUCCUGGGAACUAUGUUGGAAUAGGGAAAGAUCACACGCUUUAUGCUCUGAAAGAAGGGUGUGUAAAGUUUGAGCGCCACAAGCUGAGUGGACGCAAGUGGGUGCACGUUGAGCCCAAGGAUGGCCAUGUGCUUCACCCAGUUUACUCGACUGCUGCAGCUCCUGAGCUGAAGACAGCAACUUAAUUAGUUUUUCCUUCAACUGUUGAUGGAUUGAAGGAGCAUGGAUUUAAUAAAGAAAUCGACAUGCCAGCACUGUCUAUCUUAUACAUCUUUUUUCCCCUCUCUAGAUUAAAGCUAAUGAUACUCAAGUUAUGUUUGCCUUACUAUAGUUUUUGAUGUAACAAAUGAUAGCUUUUAAUAAGGUUUCUUUAGCUCUUGAAUUGCUGCUAGUUAAUAUAGUACUAUUAAUUUGCA